AUGUAUCCUAAAACUAACCAUGUGGGUUUUGGUCUUGUAUAUGUAUCCUAAAACUAACCAUGUGGGUUUUGGUCUUGUUCUUGGAGAGGAUGGGAAACGAUUUCGAACUCGCAGUACUGAAGUGGUUCAAUUAAUUGAUUUGUUGGAUGAAGCAAAGAGUCGCUGUAAAGCAGCUCUUGUAGAACGAGGUAAAGUUGAUGAAUGGACAGAGGAGGAGCUUGAUCAAACAGCUAAGGCAGUUGGUUAUGGGGCUGUUAAGUAAGAUCCUCUACCCUCGCUAAUUUUUUUACUUGGCAAUGUUGACUGUGUGUUGCUUGUCCUCCUUUUGUAUAUUUUUC